AUGGGCAGGGUUCAAGCUAGUCGUUCCCACCAGGGCUGGUACGCAGUCCUCUGUCUGUUUGUCAGCAAUGUGUUGUGGAUGUGGCUCAUCAAGGGUCUGGGAGUGAUGUUACCAACACUACAACAGCAAUUCGCGGCCCAAACUUGGCUGGUCGGCUGGAUGAUAUCCAUUGUUUCUACCGUCAUAUGUGUUUUCGUAGGUCUCCCUGCUAGCACACUUGAGGUCAUGUUCGGUAUUCGCACGGUGGUGACUGUCAGCGGUUUCAUGCUCGGCGUCUCUAUGAUCAUUGCUUCUUUUUCCCCUAGUAUUGUCAUGUUGACCUUAAUACUAGUACUACUAGCAGGACCUGCAUUAAGCAUCGUCCCUAUUCUGACAAGGGCGCAAAUCGCACGCCGUUUUAAGACAAACUAUGGCACUGCAGAAGGAAUUGGGAUGUCAGGAUAUGCAGUAGGCCUGAUCACUGCUGGGCCAUUUGCCCAACUGUUGCUGGAUACGUACGGCUGGAGAGGUGCUUUGCUUAUCCUUGGAGGGUUUGCCCUGCAUCUGGGGGUGUGUGGCGCCCUCUUGCGUUCACCGUCGACUGAUGAAUCUAAGACGAAUAGCAGCUAUCAGCUUGUGAGCAAUGAGGAACCGCGACUUGGUUCAUCAAGUGCUGAGAAGAAAGGCAACUUGAAGCAGUCAUCACUACCAUUUAAUACAUUCAAAGACGUCCUCAAGGCCAUGAUGAAACAUUUCGGAUUCUCGGUUUGUUUCCGGGUCUCAUUUUGGAUCACAACAGUCACCUCAUUAUGUGCCCUCUACGUGGAUGAUUAUUGGUUGAUCUAUUAUGUUUCCCAAGCGGAAGCCAAAGGUUUCUCUCCAUACGACGCUGUGACAUUCACCACAGCUGGAGGGGUCGGUAACAUCGUUUCCGGGAUUUUGCUGGGUUUUAUCGUCGACAGAAAUGUGUUGAAAUUGCGACCCGCUCUCGCACUGUCGAUCAUACUGAGUUCCUUGGCUCUACUGAUAGCUCCCUGGGUGAACUCCUAUUGGCUGAUGAUGACAGGUGCCUUUGUCUUUUGUGGUGGAAAUGGAGCAAUUGCCUUAUUGAAUGAUCUGUACACCAGGGAGCUGCUUGGAACUGAUCUCUUGGUAUAUGCUUUCGCUUGGAUGGAAAUGUUGACGGCCAUUUUAGGUUUCAGCCUUGGAUUCUUUCCAGGUUGGAUAAACGACCAGACUGGGAGUUUUGAUUGGGCCUUUUUCACCCUGGGAUGCAUAUCAGGUCUGUCGUUGGUGGCGCUACUGAUAGAACGGGUCCUGGCGAAAUACAAACCCCAGCAGACGGCUUGA